AUGUUUCCCAACAUACAGUUCCAGGGAUUGUCCAAGCCAUCAUGGCACCUUCCGGCCAGUCCCCGUGGCCCCACCCGCCCGGGUCUCCUCCAGGCAUACCUCAGCAUGCUGCCCAUUAUCUACGACCCCCGUGAGCGCCCGUACACAAAUGACGCCGACAAUGAGACCCUGAAAUUACGCUAUGUGGCAGAGGAGCUGCUGUUCGGCAACGACGCCAAGGCCUACCUCGUUCUGCGGGCUGACGAGUGUCCCUUCCCAAUGCCCGAGGACGGCUUCCCCGGCCGCCUGGACGCCAACCUGUUCAGCGAGCAUGGGCUCCCCAAAAACGUGGCCCGCAUAGUUGACAGCCGCAGCCGCAACGGGAUGGGCGAGCUGCGCGCCUUUGAGACGGCAGUCAUGUACAACGGCUAUGCCAUCCGGCCCACCAUGACGCCCGAGGCCAGGCUGCUGCUCGACAUGCGUGUGGCAUCGCACGCCCUCGUCGUCGCCCUGUUAAAGGCCCGCCUGCUGCUGGAGCUGCGCUGCAUCCGGGAGUUGAUCUCUGCGCUGUACCACCACGGCCUCCCCCCUGAGCUGGUGGAGAUGAUCACACUGCAAAUCCGGCAUUGGGAGGGGAGCCAGGUUGGGAGUCUUGUGUUUAGCCAUGGUGGGCAACCUUGUGGUGCGACGGCAGAGGGGCGCAAGAAAUUACGUCAUGUGGUUGCCAACGUGGAUAGAUAUAUACGAGAGCAGGAGGAGGGCAUUCGUGAACUCACAAGUCUCCCAGCGGCAGAGCCAAUCUCUCAGUCGUACUUUUUGAUUACAAGAGUCGGUGGAAUAGGUAACACCCCCUCGGUCGGACGCCGGUUUAGUGUGCUCAGGGAGGAUAUCAUAUGGCGCGACUGCUGUCCCGCCAUCCAUAUGGCCUGGCAGAUGAAUCCAAAUGCCAGAAAAUUGGUCUGGGAACUUAGUGGCGAGGAAGAGCCGCCUUGGCAUACAUCGUGA